GGAAAAGGGACUGGGUAUCCGAGUGUGUAUUUAAGGCGCACGCAACGAGUUAGUGACAUUUUACAGUGUUUAUGUAGCUGUGUCGGCGAGCCGACUUUCAUUACCAUUGGCUGCUGUGGAGGAGGGGAGUAGAGAACACUGGAGGUGUUUAUAUAGCAGUCAACUGGCAAUCAAAAGCAGGACUUAUUCCGGAACUUUUAGGUCGAAUUUGGAUAAAAUAUUAUUGCAGCCUAGAAAUUUUAUGAGUGAAUUCCGGAUUAUUUUGUUAUUAUCAUUGUUUCUUAAACAUCGAGGAUGAACUGCACGACUCUGGGAUGCCUUAUAUGUCUGUUGUUGGUGACUAUUUUAGAGUUUUGUAGGGCCAAUAACUACAGACCUUAUAACUAUCGAUUGCCGUCCUAUGUCCAUGUACAACCCUUACGGCAAUGUACUAAUACUUUCACAGAAUAUAAAAGCAAGUGGUGCUGGGACCAACAGCGUAAUAGAUGGUAUACCAAACUACAACCUUACACAAAAAAAGUAUGUUGUCCUGGAUGGGAAGGACCUAAAUGUGAUUCUAAAUGUUUUGAUUGUAAACAAUUCCACAAUUUAACGGAGAGAGUUACUACCUUAGAGAGACGUUCAACGAGUACGACGACAGUUACAACCGGGAAUGGUGUAAAGGGAGAGCGUGGAGAGCGAGGAAUACAGGGACGAACUGGACCUCAAGGGCCAGAUGGACCUAGAGGGCCACGGGGACCAAAAGGGGCUGAUGGGAUGCCGGGGCAAACUGGUCUUGCCGGGCUUCCUGGCAGGAAAGGCGAUCCGGGAAUCCCAGGUUUGGCUGGAGCUGAUGGUCUACCCGGAACUAAUGGUUUGAUAGGAAGGAGAGGCGAAGUCGGCCCAAGAGGACGGGACGGUCAAGAUGGGGAACCAGGAAUUCAAGGGGAAAUAGGUCUCCCAGGACCACAAGGACCACAAGGACCUCCCGGACCGCCAGGGCUUCCUGGAAGUGGCGGAGAAAGUAAUGGAGUUCCAAUAAAAGGAGAACCCGGUAGUCCUGGUCUACCGGGUAACCCUGGACGGAAAGGAGAUAGAGGAGCAAGGGGUAAUACUGGAAGAGACGGACUUGACGGCGCAAUGGGACUGACUGGCGAAAGGGGGCGCGAUGGACUCGCUGGAUCAAAGGGAGAGAGAGGUGUGAUAGGACCAGCAGGUGAAACUGGUUUGCCAGGACUUCCGGGAAUAGACGGAAGUAGGGGAGAAAUAGGUCUACCUGGGCUUCCAGGAGACAGUGGAGAAAGAGGACCCGUAGGUCCCGCUGGUCCACCAGGUCCAUUUGGACCUCCGGGACCCCCUGGAGUCGAUGGGGCUCCUGGUGUUUCCGGAGAGCCAGGUGCUCCAGGGAGGGAUGGCGUUGAUGGCGCUAACGGUAGAGACGGAGUUGAUGGGAGGGAUGGAGUGAACGGAAGAGAUGGAACCGACGUGGACAUGGAGCGGAUAAAGAUACUAGAAAGAACAAUACAGACACUUAUAACGAAUAUGACUCGAUGCUGUAACCGAGUUGAAAUUUUAGAAAUCGACCUUAUUGGAAUAAAGGAAAAGAUAAACGAACUAAAUAAAACGAUAAUAGUUCUUCCUCCACAACCUGUCACGCCAGCGCCCACUACACCACGGCCAGGUUGUCCAGCGGACAAGUUCACAUGUGCGGAUGGAACAUGUAUUGACGCACUGUACAGAUGUGAUGACAACGACUUUGACUGCCCGGAUGGUUCAGACGAGAGGAACUGUCCUAGUAGGGUAAGGUGUACAGAAGGUCAGUUCUUGUGCGAUACUAGGAAAUGUAUAGCUACAUCGUUUCUGUGUGAUGGCAACAACGAUUGCGAAGAUGGAACUGACGAAGGAGAGACAGUCAACUGUGGUCCCAAAUGUAGCCCUGACGAGUUCCGCUGUAACAGCGGGCAAUGUAUACCCGGGGACUUCAAGUGCGACAAUUACGAAGAUUGUGAUGACUCGUCAGACGAAUCCGAGGCCGUGUGUGAAACGACAGCUCUGCCAAUGUCACACACCACACCUGCCGACUGCGACUGUGACAAUCUACCACCACCUCCGCUUCCGCCACCAGGAAUUCUGGGAAACAUGAGAGAAUCGUUGGAUAGCUUCGUCAACUUACUGCCUGACCGGCCAUGUGCAAAGUGCCUUCCAGGAUUCAACAAAGGAAAUGAUCACGUGUUUGUAGCUAAUCAAAUGAAAGCUUCUGAAAUCGUAGUGGCGGAAGUGAAACAUUCUCUGACGUCAGGUUACCAUAGCUUAUAUAAACAAAAUACAAUUCUUCUAUUGACAGGGAUGUCCAUGAUUUAUUUUUUUUGAUCUUGCAAUGAAAAUCGAUUUAUUAUUGGUACAUUUUCAAACAAAAUACAAAGGCAGGUUUUAUAUUAGUUUAAAGGCGGUUAUAAAUAAAUGUUUUACUUUUAUGGUAUUUUUACGAAACAUACGCAAAGCAAAUAUAUAAGUAUGUAGAUGUCCGCAAGUUAAUUUGUGAUGGAAUGUAUUGUAAUAUUUUUGUACAGACGAAAAUUAGAUUAAAAAUUUUAGAUAUUUUACAGUGUGUACGAUAUCCGUAUUCUAAAGUGAAAUUUGAAUGAUAGUGUUAUGUGAUAUUUUUGUAAGUAAUUUAAUCCUGUGAAGACAGUAGAAAUACGUGUAACAUCCCCACUGUCGAUCACAUUAUACAUCACGUAUUGCAGAAAUUCAAUUCUACAAAUGUUCUAUCUAUUUCCAUACCAAAGAUUUGAAGUGGCCUUAACAUAUUUGCCAAACGAUUAGAAUUAUGGGAAAUAUGACUGAUAUAACUUAUCUUCCUUAUUCACUGAAAUAGAGAUUCAUGUCAUGACGUCAUGAAGCGUAUUUCAGUCAACAAAUUUUAAAAUGUUCGCUGUACGUUUUUGAUAGCAGAAAUUCAAUAUCAAUAAACUUAUUCUGUAUGUUGUUAAAUGUGUCAAACUUUUAUAUUAUAGCACCAUGUUAUAUACUAAAAUGUGUGUUAAUUGCUUUUCAAUAUAGCUUAAGCAUUUACAGUGGCCAGUUAUAGUACUCUCGCUAGUGAAUCAGUUGAUAUCAUUAAUAGAAUUCUCUGUACCUAAUGUACCAGGCACGUGAGGUAAUUAGGUCGGUCAAUAUCACUCAAUUACAUCUUAGAACUUUUCAUUCGUUAUUGCAUAUGUACAUUUCUAUAAUCAGUACAUGUCAUUUGUUUUUAUAGUGUAUAAGUACAUAUAUGAUGCACGCGUAUUUGUGUCCCACGUGUUUGUACAUUUAUUUCGAUGCGGAUGCAAGUUAAAUUGGAUUGCGUAAAUCACUUUAACAGUAAUAUAUUUGAAAAUAUUUCUUUCGAUGAUCAUGGCGUGAAAUUUGAUACAUGUGAUGUUUAUGACAUGUGUUAAGCCCUCUUUGUGGUGGUGCCUGUUUACUAUUAAUGUCAUUUUCUAGCUUCACGGUUAACAUAUCCAUCGUUCAUUUACUCAAUGAAAAAGGCUGUAAUGGAGAAACCAUGUAAGCCUGUAGAGGUGUUGUAGAAAAUAGGUACAACACAUGAUGAAUUACGUCAUUAGAUUGAUUCAGAUAAGAUAUUUUUUAUACCGAUAUCGGGAUUUUAUACAUUGCCAAUAAAUUUAACGACAUGUAAAUAUCGAUAAUACUCAAACUGUAUGUACACAAUGCAGGUAACAAAACCAGGUACAAACUUUGUUUCUUCUAAAGGUUUGUAUAAUGAUGUCAGUUUAUCACGUGCCUUAUUUUGACCGCUGGUGCCAAUGAUUGUGAAAUAAACAAUAUAAUAACAUCAA